AUGGCCUCAGUCAGAGCUGACAGGGUUGAGUUUCUCACACUCUUCCUCUCUCCCUCAGAUCAAUUGGCCGCCAUCACCACGCCCUGCCCACACCCCUGCCUGCUGCCCCCCAGCAUGCGUCGUCAUGCUUCACAGAAGAGUCAGUGUGACAAGCUUGAAGUAGGCUUUCAGGACGGAAAAGAGGCUCAGGGCCUCGUGGGCGCACAGGUCCCUGUAACUGAGGAGGAGGGGGCCACUGCCUCCUCGCUCUCUCCUUUGACCCAGGGCACCGCAGAGGCUGUGCCUGCUGCUGGAACGUGAAGUGUUCCCCGGAGUUCGCAGGGAGCCCGCUCCUCCUCCAUGGCCGUCGAAGCCAUUCCACUGAGCAAGUCAAAUGAGGGCUCCAGCAGCCAAGAAGAGGGUGUGAGCACCUCCCAGGCUCCCGAGUUCUUGCUCUGUGACAUGCUAAACAAGGAGGUGGCUGAAUUGGUUCAGUUCUUAAGUGUCAAGUAUGUAAAACAGGAGCCCAUCACAAAGGCAGAAAUGCUGAGGAAUAUCAUCAAAGUGCACAAGGACCACUUCCCUGUGAUCUUCAGGAAAGCCUGUGAGUGCAUGGAGAUUGUCUUUGGCAUUGAAGUGAAGGAAGUGGACCCCAACCACUCCUAUGUGCUCGUGAAGGCACUAGACCUCACCUACAACGGGAUGCUGAGUGAUGCCCAGGGUGUUCCCAAGACCGGCAUCCUGAUCCUUAUCCUGGGUGUGAUCUUCAUGAAGGGCAAACGUGCUCCUGAGGAGAAAAUCUGGGAAGUGCUGACUGUUAUUGGGAUGUAUGCUGGGCAGAAGGAUUUCAGGGAGACCAAGAAGCUCAUCACCAAAGAGUUGGUGGAGGAAAAGUACCUGGAGUACCAGCAGGUGCCCAACAGUGAUCCUCCACACUACGAGUUCCUGUGGGGUCCAAGGGCCCACGCUGAAACCAGCAAGGUGAAAGUCCUGGAGUUUUUUGCCAAGAUCAAUGAGAUUGACCCCACUGCAUUCUCACCCUGGUAUGAGGAAGCUCUGAGAGAUGAGAAAGAGAGAGCCCAGGCCAGAGCUGCCGCAGGGGCUAAUACUUCUGCCAUGGCCAGUGGCAGCUCUGGUGUCAUGCCCAGCAGCCUCUCCAGCCCUGAGUGA